AUGGAAGCAAGGCCGGUACAGGUAGUGGAGACAAGCGAAGAUCACAGCUUUGUCCUGAAUGAGGAAGCGCUGUCGGAGAUACUGCUGCAGGACAGCAUAAAAGAUCGCGCGAUCGUAGUGGUGUCUGUGGCUGGAGCGUUCCGGAAGGGCAAAAGCUUCCUGCUGGACUUUUUCCUCCGCUAUAUGUACGCCAAGUAUGUGCAUCACCAGAGCGUACUCGAGUGGUUGGGUGACGAAACGGAACCGCUGUCCGGAUUUUCGUGGCGUGGUGGUAGCGAACGUGACACAACAGGCAUCCUAAUGUGGUCCGAUAUAUUCCUGCACAAUAGAGCCAAUGGCGAGAAGCUGGCAAUAAUACUGAUGGACACACAAGGCGCCUUUGACAGCCAGAGUACCGUCCGGGACUGUGCAACCGUGUUCGCGCUUAGCACCAUGCUGUCCUCCGUGCAGAUUUACAACCUGUCACAGAACAUUCAAGAGGAUGAUCUGCAACACUUACAGCUCUUCACAGAAUACGGUCGACUAGCGUUGGCCGAUUCCGGCAAGAAGCCGUUCCAGCGACUACAAUUCCUAGUGCGCGACUGGAGCUUCCCGUACGAGGCCGAAUAUGGUGCGCUGGGUGGGCAGCUUAUUCUACAGCGAAGGCUCGAGGUAUCGGACAAGCAGCAUCCGGAGCUGCAAUCGUUGAGGCGCCACAUUACAUCCUGCUUUUCGGAAAUUGCCUGCUUUCUCAUGCCCCAUCCCGGUCUAACGGUGGCCACAAAUCCCAGCUUCGACGGGCGCCUAUCGGAUAUAACGCCCGAGUUCAAACAGAGUUUGCGCGAACUGGUACCGAUGCUGUUGGCGCCGGAAAAUUUGAUCGUGAAAGAAAUCAACGGCCAGCGGGUGAAGGCACGCGACCUGGUGCAAUACUUCAAAUCCUACAUGGCUAUCUACAAGGGUAACGAACUGCCGGAACCGAAGAGCAUGCUGGUGGCAACGGCUGAAGCAAACAAUUUGACGGCGGUAGCGGCCGCGAAGGAAAUUUACGCACAGCUCAUGGAAGACGUGUGCGGUGGCACUAAGCCGUACCUCAGCACGGCCCACCUUGACUCGGAACACAACCGCAUCAAGGAGAAGGCACUACAUCAGUUUUCUUCGAAACGAAAAAUGGGCGGUGAAGAGUUUUCGGAAAAGUACCGCGAAAAACUGGAGCAAGAUCUGGAUGAAACGUUCGUCACGUUCCGGGCGCAUAAUGAAAGCAAGAACAUCUUCAAAGCUGCCCGAACACCUGCCGUGUACUUCGUUAUCGCGAUAGUUAUGUACAUCAUGAGUGGCAUCUUCGGACUUGUAGGACUGUACACGUUUGCCAACUUUGCCAAUCUGAUAAUGGGCAUUGCGCUGAUCACACUAGGGACCUGGGCCUACAUCAGGUAUAGCGGCGAGCUGAGCGACUUUGGCGUCCGGUUAGAUGAGAUCGCGAACCUGCUGUGGGAAAAUAUGAUGAAACCGAUCUACCAGUCAUGCAUGGAGAAGGGCAUCCAGCACGUGGCGACGCACGCGACCGAGUACGCGAUCAGCGGCGGUACUACAGUCGGCAGUGCCGGCAGCCGUCAGCUGAACGGCAAGGUGAAACACUCUUGA